AUGCCUAUAACCCAACAUUUCGACCAGGCUGGACCUGGCUGGGGAGGAGAAAAGUCGGGUACUUCGUACUUCGACUUUGUGGUGGCUGAACGACCGAAAUAUAUCCCUAACUCAGGGCCGCCACUUGCACCCAUCUCAGGCAUGCCUAUUCACGAUAAGGAUGCAAUUAUUCUUGAGAAAGUUGAAUCUUACGGGGCGCCUUUCUUCUACCUCGUCGGAUACGAGGCAAAACCCCAGUUGCGUGUUGGCGUCAAACCACAGAAUAUAUUAGAUUGGGUUUCCCCACGAACUUUUGAAAACUUUGAACUUGAGAUCAGCAGAUUACGUGAUACGAAGAGAAGGAAAAGUACAGACAGCGAAGGUCAGAACCAGAGGAGGAAAAACGUCUCCACUACCAAGCCUAGUCAAAGUACGAAACCUACAACUGGGAAAAAGAGGAAGCGCCAAACCCUGGAUGACCGGACUCCACGGCCGAGACCUACAAGAUCCGAGUCUGUCCCUCUUGUAGCAGCUAUAGCUGGGCCGACUAGGAGAAGGAAGCCCGUAGCUGACCAGCCUCUUUUUGCAUCGCCAACGACAUCCCACAAAUCAAAAGGCCCCUCGCUUACAACGCCAGUCAAAGGGCUAAUGGCUGUUGGAAUGAUGGACUUUGGUGGGAUGGACGAGGAGCUAUAUGAUACUGAUGCUGCCAUUGUGGACCAGCUGAAUGCCAUGGGUCAUCUCUCUAGUUCAAGGAAUGAGUCUUCUCGGUCUACAACAACUACACCAAUGCCACCACAUACUUCCCGUGCUAUACCAGAGCCAUCUUCAAAAUUUGAAUCGCUACCCUCACGGCCUGGGGCAAGAGCUUCCUUCCAUCCCAACAGCAAACAAAAGCAAACAGGGAACGACUCAAGUUUCUUUAAUAAAGAUGCAGGCGCUCGUGUCUCUAGUAGGGAGGCAUCGAACGCUAUCGAACGCCUAGAGCGCAAGAGUAAGCAAUCUCAAAGCAAGUCUGGCAAGAAACCUGAAGGGCAGACUAUAGCGCGACGAUAUUCCAACUUCCGGCCCGGCCCAACCAUGCUCUCCAAGUCAGAUAUCAGAUCUCACUUCACGCCCGGUACAUUCGCCUCCAAGGGGGGACUUGGCUCCGAAGAGGAAGAAGGAGAGGAUCUAGAGAACGAAAAUGAAGGUGAUGAAUGGGCAGUUGAUGACAUUCUGGACGACGCAAUCCUUGAGGGUAAACAAUAUUACCUCGUCAAAUGGGUCGGUGACUGGGAUAAUACCUGGGAGCCUGCUGAGAAUAUGAGCGAGGACGUAAUUCAGGAAUACGAUAAAAAGAAAAUCGCUACGGGUAGGGCGGUCCGGCUGGAUGGCGAUGAGAAUAUACCUGGUCCUAGAAGAGAUGGUGGUGGCCAUAGGACAACGAAGGAAAAUCAAGUUAAUGGAAGCAGUAGGAGUGGUACCGAUAAGGACGAGCUUGGCGAUGACCCAAUAUUUGGAAGUAGAAAGCAACACCACAGCGGAAUUACAGGCAGGGUCCUCCAAGAUCAAAACACCGAAGAGGAUUUGCUGCUCGACAGCGACAACCAGCUUCGGGAUAUAGCUAAACAGGAAGAACACAGGGAGACUGAGCAGAAAGCCCCUGGUCAGGUUGUUACGAGCGAUUGCACAGACGAUUUAGAUGGCUUCUAA